CUUUAAACGGAUUUUUUUCGGUCUCUUAUUUGUCUUUUUUUCAACACUUAAAAAAAAAUUCAAAGCUGGUAAAAAAGUGAAAAAAUUGAUAGAAAAUGGCCCAAGCCGGAAAUCCAAUAGAGAAUUGUGAAAAAACGAUACAAAAAUAAAUUUGAUCUGAAAAUAAAAAAAAAGAAAAAUAAAUAAAAAAUUGAAAUUUACUUAAUUUUUGAAGUGGAUAAAAGAAAGCAAGAAAAAAAAAUAACAAAGAAUUAAAGAAAAAUAAAGAUAGAAGAGAAAAAAAAUGGAAGUCCAACAGAUGAAAUAUCAAGGGCUCGUCGCCGAUUUGGUGCCAAACAUCCGUUUGAUGGAAGGAGUUGGCCAUUUUCUGUUCAAAUAUGCACAGGGCCCCGUCAUGAUCCGCAAAAUCUAUUCAUGGGUAACGCUUGGCUUGGUGACUUUCCAAUACGGCACGAUGCUGCUCAACUUGGCGCAAAAUACGGGCGACGUCAACGAACUCACGGCAAACACAAUUACCGUUCUCUUUUUCGCGCACAGCUUGAUCAAGUUUUUGUAUGUCGCCGUGAACUCGGAAAGUUUCCAUCGAACUUGGAGCAUUUGGAAUCAGGCGAAUGUUCAUCCGUUAUUUGCGGAAUCGGAUGCACGAUAUCACUCGAUCUCCCUCUCGAAAAUGCGCAAAUUGUUGGUUAUGGUAAUGGGAACGACGCUUUUUGGGGUUGCAGCAUGGACUGUUAUUACGUUCUUUGGCGAAAGUGUUAAGGGAGUUGUUGAUAAAGCUACGAACGAGACUUAUAUUGUGGAUAUUCCGCGAUUGCCGAUUAAGUCGACAUAUCCUUGGGAUGCCAUGCACGGAUUUUUCUACUGGCUUUCGUUCGUUUUUCAGGUUUAUUAUUUGUUGGUAUCGAUGGUCCAAGCUAAUCUUGCUGACGUACUUUUCUGCUCAUGGCUUAUCUUCGCAUGUGAACAAUUGCAACAUUUGAAGGGUAUUAUGAGACCUCUCAUGGAGUUGUCUGCAACUUUGGAUACUUACCGACCCAAUUCCGCUGCCUUGUUCAGAUCCGUUUCUGCCGCCUCCAAAUCCGAAUUGAUCGCCAAUGAAGAAAAAGAAGAAGCAAAAGAUUACGAUUUGGGAGGAAUUUACAGCUCCAAGGCGGAUUGGGGAGCACAAUAUCGCGCGCCAUCCACACUACAAAACUUCAACGGCAACAAUCCGAAUGGCUUGACAAAGAAACAAGAGAUGAUGGUUCGAAGUGCCAUCAAAUAUUGGGUUGAGCGACACAAACACGUCGUGCGACUCGUAUCGGCAAUCGGAGACACGUAUGGCGUCGCUUUGUUGCUGCAUAUGUUGGUUUCGACCAUCAAUCUUACUUUGCUCGCGUACCAAGCGACAAAAAUCGAUGGUGUCAAUGUGUUUGCCUUCACGACAAUUGGCUAUUUGGUCUAUGCGUUGGCUCAAGUGUUCUUGUUCUGCAUUUUCGGUAACCGAUUGAUUGAAGAGAGCUCAUCUGUCAUGGAAGCUGCUUACUCAUGCCAUUGGUAUGAUGGCUCGGAGGAGGCAAAAACUUUCGUUCAAAUUGUUUGUCAACAGUGCCAAAAAGCUAUGACGAUCUCGGGCGCCAAGUUCUUCACUGUCUCGUUGGAUUUGUUCGCUUCAGUCCUCGGUGCUGUCGUAACAUACUUCAUGGUGUUGGUACAAUUGAAAUAAAUUGCCGCCAAAAGCAUCAUGAACAACAAUCAAGUUCAAUUUUUCACUUUUUACUAUAAAAUUAUACAAAAACGUAAUUAUAAUACAAUGUUAUACUACGAUAAAAUAUUCACAGAAUCCCUCAAAGGGUUUAAAAUAAUUAAAAAGUGCACUUUUUCAACAACAUGCAAAAAAUAUAUAUUUAUCUUCAUAAUAACAAUAAAAUAUAAUAGAGCACCUACAAGUUUACAGUGGAAAAAAACAUGAAAAAGGGAAAUAUACGCUUUAUUUUACAAAAUAUUCAUCAUGAUGUAGAACAAGGAAUGGAUUAAUUUCACAAAAAUUUAUAACUUUAUAAAGUAAAUAACAUACAAAAGAGAGGCAGCUUAUCACAAAACAACAAACACACUAUGCUAACUCAACACGUACCACAAAAAUUGCAUUUAAGCUUAAAAAUAAAUGUAUAAAGAAAAGAAGAUUAUAAAAAAUAUCUGACUGAGCUCGAGAAUAAAUGAAAAAAUAAACGGAUUGAAUUUUACAAAUGGACGGUUACUAUCAAAAAUAAUAAAAUACAAGAAAAUAUUUAUAA